UCCCCUUUCUGAAUUCUGACUGAAGAUAAAAUUUCACAGAGAUGAAAAAUUAGGGUUAGUUUCUUGCUGAACCAUCUGAAAAAUUAAAUCUUUAGUUCAGGCUCCCGAGGUAUAUAUAAAUUAAAGUUCCUGAUUCGAUCUUUUCGUCUCGAACAUAAGAAUUAUUUCAUUUGUUUUUGUUUUCGGAUCUGCUUUGAAUCUCCAUUAGAUAUUCCAAAUUUGAACGACGAGGCGAGCAUUUUAAUUUCCUCAAUUUUCUGGGUUAUUUGGAUUUCAACGAGUCGGAUAAAUUUCCGUGCGGCGGAGUUGUUUCUGGAAGCAAGAAAGAUCGAAAUGCUCUAACGUUUUUGUGUCGAUUUUUUUCUCAAUUUUCCUGGUUUUCGUUUGCCAAAUCGAAAAUUAGGACAUAGGUUGUGGUCAAUUUUUCGAUUUGAUGGUUUUUUCUUUUUCCUGCAGGAUUUGUUUGUGGGAUUUGAGUUGUGCGUUUGAACUUGUAAAUGGGAUUUGAGAAAUUGGGUUGUUUUUGGAAUAUUGUUAUUUUUAUUUCUGGUUCUGUAAUUUCCAAAAUCCGUCCUCAUUUGGAAAUUGCAUUCGUAGCUAAAUUUGGCAAAAUCGUGUAUUCUUCUUUGGGAAGGUUGGAUUUUUGACGAGGAAGGUUUUCUGGGUCGGAUUCGGUUUGUUGGUAUUGCACGUCAAUGCUCAUCGAAUUUUACAGCUGUUGCUCAUCGAAUUUUACAGCUGUUAUACCUUACCUUUUGUUUGGUUGCCGAGAAAAUUCAGUAGUAUAAAAAGGAACAUUUGACUUUCCAAGAAAUCGGAACUGUUACUGAUUCAACCAAAAGAAUUAUACUUUGCUGAUGCCAUUUCCUGUUUCAGAUUUUUCUGCAUAUGUUAUGAAUGCUGAAACGUUUCCACUUCCACUUAUUGGGCCGGGGAUACUUUGCGCAACUAUCAUGGUGCGCAAACGGGGCUUUUACCCAGCUUUCACCCAGCUUUCAUGGUGGUUGUGGAGUGGAAAGCAAAAAGAGCCUAGAAUCCCAAAGGGGUCCUCUUCAAAUUCUUCCCCUGACUCGGGCAUGCGGGAAACUGAUGCGUUAAAGUUUCCUUCGGUGAAGGGGUCAAAUAUGGCCUCAUCAUCGUCGAGAAGUGUGAAACGCAAAUGGCAUAGUCGGGAAGAACGGAAAAUUGAUAGGGAAUAUGAUGUCGUUCUUGUGCCAUCUGAGGGUGGAUGUGUUUCCGGUUCUGAGUCCGAGGCCUCGGAUUGGUCAGUUGGAUGGUUGGAGCCUGUUGGACCUGGGUUCCAGAGAGAUGACGAUGCAGACGAUAGUUUUGCCGUGCUGGUUCCAUGCUAUGGGCAUGUUAUUCAUGAUAUGGUGAAGGAUUCCAAGAACAAUAUCUUGAGCACAGUUGGGAACAUCCCAGAUGAGAGCACAAAAUAUAUGGAAGAGUGGCUCUCUUCUCUGAGGAACAGCUGAUGCAGGAUGAAAUGGAUACGAGCCUAGUUUGAUGUAAUUAUUAGUGGUACGGGACUGGCUAAUAUAACUUUGAUUAGCAGACAUGGCGUAUGGUUUGGUUUCGUGCUGCUUCUGCCAUGGGAUUGGCUGGGAAUAACGCUGCUGCUACUGUCUUCUCGCAUUUCAAAAUUAAGUAUGGUACUACUCUGUGUAUAGCUAAAAUCUCGAAAACGAAAAAAAAAAAGAAAAAAGUUUUGGCUUGGGAAACUCUUAAGAAAAUGAAGAAAAAUGAGAAAAGGGAAAGAAGAGAACAGAUGAUAUGUGGGAUAUGUGAAUUGGUUGCGUUGAUUGUGAUUGUUGGAUGGAUAUGUGAUUGUUUGCGUUGAUUAUGAUUGUUGGAUGUAAACAUGUGAAAGAAUGAGAGGUAGGCAGCUUAAUGCUUUACCCUAAUAUUUGUUUGUAAAUAAUUUGUUAGAAAGUGUAAAUAUUAUGUGGAUAGAAACUAAUGACUCUCUCAGAGCUUCUUCCCAAUCUUAUUGUAAUAUACGUCAUGUUGUAAACAAUUUGUGAAUAAUAUUUAUAAGAAAAAAACUUGUAAAUAA